GGGUCUGUGAUUAUAAUUAAUUUCUAAAUUGAAAUUUUAAGCGGCUGUUGGCUUGUACGGAUAUCAUUAUUGAUGUUUUGACCGUAAGCUUUAAUUUGGCCAAAAGCUGUGACUACCGAGAUCCGGUCCUGCUUCGGAGCUUGAACUUUGAAUAACAAUAAGGAUGAACUUGAAAUUGACCUUUUUGCUAGGCUUUUUUGUUGUAGGGCUCACAUCUGAUCUGGCAUCCAAGCAUCUCUCUGGGAUUAGCUGUCAGGAUGAGCGUCUCCAGUGAGUCUGGCUCUGAACUGGUGACGACUCCGUCCACUCCGGGUCCUACUACUGAUCCACUCUCCCAGCUGCUCUCUUCGCCUCCGACCAAGCGAGUCCGCCUGGAUUCUGAGGCUGACGAGUUGUCUGACCCCAUCACACCCACUGCAGACUCGGAGAUCCAGCUGCCGCGGCCGUCCGAGUCCUCCUCCCAGGAGGAGUCAGCGGAACAAGGGCGCUCCCGGCAGGAGCUCGAGGAGGAGGAGCGCGAGAAGAUGCAGGUGCUAGUGUCGUACUUCACCGAGGAGCAGCUGGACCGGUACGAAAUGUACCGGCGCGCCGCCUUCCCAAAGGCCGCCAUCAAACGGCUGAUGCAGACGCUGACUACCUGCUCCGUCUCCCAGAACGCCGUCAUCGCCAUGUCCGGCAUCGCCAAGGUGUUUGUCGGAGAGGUCAUGGAAGAAGCUCUGGACGUUAAGGACGAGACGGAUGACGCGGGCCCCGUGCAGCCGCGCCACCUGCGCGAGGCGGUGCGCCGCCUGCGCCGCAAGCCGGGCACCUUUAUCCCGUCGAUGAAACAGCGCCGCCCCGUGUUCAGGUUUGACGACUCUCCGCCCCCUCCGUCCGCCGUGGAGAAGGUGCUCGGCAUCAUCUACCGUAACCGCGGCCAAGGGCGGCGCUGGGAGUAACCACCGCUGAGAAACCCGGGUUCUGAGAACCCGUUCGACGGGUGCGCGAGCGAAGAGUUUUAAUUGAAUGGCUGGAUAUGCCGCAAGAUCCUACAAUGAGUGAGUACCUCUGUGGCCUGUUCUGACCUAAACAACCCACCUGUUGGUCCCUGCGAACUCCGUGAUCACCUGAGUCGUGACACCUGACGUCCAUCUCGCCUUCCUGCAUCCUGCCGUGACGUCCAGCGACUAAGCGGUUCGUCUUUCACCGAACAAUGCCGUGAAGUGAGCCGUGUCCGUGUGGAAGCGAUCCGUCCCGAUCCCGCCGAGUGGUCCAGUUGGGCGCGCCUAUUACCCGUCGUAAGGACGGUCAGGUGCAGGUGACAGUGGGAGACUCUGCCGGGCCGGGUGGUCGCCGUUUAUUGUCUUUUGAUGCCGUCACAGCUGUUGGCGUGUAUCACAGACCGACCACUUGUGAGUUAGGGGGCAUUGUCACCGACUGGCGAUCUCGGUAUUGCGUUUAUAAUCAGUGGUUGCCCACCGCGGUCCUGAAUAUAUUCUGCAUUUAUCGUU